CUGCCCCAGUCGAGCAAGAUGUCGAGCUCCUUGAAUCGUUGCAAGUAGCAGCCCUGGUAUGCACCUGAGACAUGCUGGGCCCACCCAGGGAAGAACAUCUCCCAGGGCCGACUUAGGACCGAACUGACAAGCCAGUGUGGGCUUCUCCCGUGUAUCAGCCUUCGAGCCAUGUUGAUGCCUUCCCUAUUGCUGCCGAUGCCUGGGGUCAGACAGAACUGGGCCUGUGCAACCAUACAGGCGUGAUUGCUGACAACGGGGGUCCAGACGGAGGGAUAACACCAUUGGCGCAAUGCCCUUCUGGUCCCGUUCUGAUGGGAAUUGCGUGUGCACUUGGAAUCUCUCCGCCGAGACAGUGCACCAUACCAGACCUAUUUGAGAUGAGCGCGCUCCCCGCCAUCCCGCCGGACAUUGCCAUCAUCACGGGCCCGACGAUGCUCGGGAUAUGCCUUACGUGGGGAUUCAUGGGCCUAACGCUCGUGCAAGUCUACAUAUACUUCACGACCUUCUUUCAAGACCCGAGGGGACUCAAAUGGCUGGUGUUUUCCCUGUUCAUCCUGGACGUUCUGCAGACGGUCAUGGUCACGGCCGAUGCGUUCCACUGGUUUGUGUUCGGGUUCGGCAACAUGAUCCAGCUCAACGACACGUUCCUCAACUCGUGGGACGUCCCGAUGCUCGACGGCAUCAUCUCGCUCAUCGUGCAGCUCUUCUACUGUUGGCGCAUAUACAUCCUGCGGGGGAGCAUCGUGAUCCCUGCAGCGAUCGGGCUCGUGUCGCUGACCCAGUGUGUUGCUGGAAUCGUUACGGCGGUCAAGGCGCACAUGCUCGGUCAGCUCUCUCUCAUCAGCACGGAAGUCGUCGAGCAGACCCUCUGGCUCGUCGGGGGUGCCGUCGCUGACGUGGCGAUCGCUGCGGUGUUGUGCUAUACCCUGCUGACUGUGCGAAACGCCGGAUUCAAGCGUUCCCACAGCAUCAUCACGCGCAUCGUCCAGAUGACCGUCGAGACGAAUGCGCUGACCGCGAGCGUGGCAUUGCUGGGACUUGUCCUCUUCUGGGCCGUGCCGCAACACUCCACACUCGUCGUGCCACCGACUGCCAUCAUUGGAAAAUUAUACACAAACAGCUUGAUUGCGGUGCUGAAUAACCGAGUUGUGGGCUCCACCGGCGUCUCGGCGUACGGCCACGGCUCGUCGCAGCAGAACGGCGGCAACACCGGCCUCGGCACCACCGCCAGCAUGAACCUCCCGGCGUUCAGAGUCCCCGGCGGCGGCGGUGGCGGUGGUGGUGGCGGGCCGCAGAGCCCCGUCGCGGUCGUCGAUGUGCAUGUCGUGCGCACGCAGACGACGUAUCAUGACGGGGAUGAUAUGGAGAUGAGCGAUAUGGAGAAGGGCAAACCCCAGGCGGGGUUCAUGUGAUCAGGGGGUUACUUGGUUGGAUGGGAUAUUUUUAUUGUUCAACUCGUUAUUGGAUGCUGCAACUGUCGUGUAUAGAUCUCGCUGCAAUUUGGUCAAACACGGCGAGAACCUCAAGUGAGCUGCGGACGUGGGUACCUGUCUGUGCCUCCCCAGCCAUCAUACUACAGAGAAGAUGAUGCCGGUCGCAUGGCGCACGGCAGACCAUCACGCCGCGGGUCUCUGCCACGGAGAUCCUUCUAAGUUCUCU